AUGCGUCCUUAUUCGAAUAGUAAUUUGAAAAAAUAUUUAGGCUUAAAAUAUGCUGUUCGAAAAUUUCCUCGUGGUCUGUUAACCGGUGCGUGUCCAUUGUCUUGGACAUUAUCAAGUACGCCACAAACACCAUCAGCAAAACUUAAACGUUCACAAUCAAUGAAUGCUACUCGUCAAGAAGCACCUGUUGGCCAAUCGACUGCAAGUACAACACGACCUGCAGCUGGUCCGAUGGUCACGUUUUAUACACGCGAACAGUUUACUAAUAAUGAUAUCGAAGAAUUAAAUACGCAACUUGAACAAAAUUUAUUACCCUCCGACAGUGGAACCCGUUUAUCACGUGCAACAACACAAGGAUCAAAACAAAGCUCGCGCUCAUCAUUGACUUCGGAACGGUCAAAUAUCAGUAAUGUCUCGGACAAACCAUGGAAACCAUGA